UUCGAGUGAUUGUUUUCGUGUCAUUGGUACUAUUGAUAUCAAGUUGUAAGGCUGUAAAGGUUUUUAUCGCUCGUUAGAGGUUGUAUUUGUGAUAUUAAUGAGCCGUUAUAAUAAACUCCCUCUGAUAUUCUGCUUUUUAUACUGCUCGGAGCAACCGUAAAACAAAAGAACACUAAUUAUCAAGUUACAAACAAUAUUUAAUAAAGCAGAUCGUAGCUACACUGACAGAAUUAUAAAAUAAAAUUGAAUAAACCGAAACCGCAAGGAUGAUGACAGAGAAAAUUGUACCCGGUCACUCAAGUUUGGUUAACAAGGGGAUGUUGAGUGACCAUCAAAUUGCGAGCAAUCUAAGUGAUGAUAUGGGUUGGAAAUCUAAACUGAAACUCCCCCCUAAGGAUAAUCGAUUCAAAACGACAGAUGUGACUGAUACACGUGGCAACGAGUUUGAAGAAUUUUGCCUUAAGCGAGAACUUUUAAUGGGUAUUUUCGAAAAGGGUUGGGAACGUCCAUCUCCAAUUCAAGAAGCUGCCAUACCGAUUGCUUUAAGUGGAAAAGAUGUCUUGGCUCGUGCUAAAAAUGGUACUGGAAAAACUGGAGCAUAUUGCAUUCCCGUUUUGGAGCAAAUCGAUCCAACUAAAGACUACAUCCAAGCAUUAGUGAUGGUCCCCACACGAGAACUUGCCUUGCAGACCUCACAGAUAUGUAUUGAACUAGCUAAGCAUCUGGAUAUUCGGGUAAUGGUCACAACUGGAGGCACAAUUCUAAAGGAUGACAUUCUUCGUAUAUAUCAAAAAGUACAAUUAAUAAUUGCAACUCCGGGACGAAUUUUGGAUUUAAUGGAUAAGAAAGUAGCGGAUAUGUCUCAUUGCAAGAUCUUAGUUUUGGAUGAAGCCGAUAAACUGCUCUCAUUAGAUUUUCAAGGCAUGCUGGAUCAUGUUAUUUUAAAAUUACCGAAAGAUCCACAGAUAUUGCUGUUUUCAGCAACAUUUCCAUUGACGGUGAAAAACUUUAUGGAGAAGCAUUUGCGAGAGCCGUACGAGAUAAAUCUUAUGGAGGAGCUGACACUGAAGGGUGUCACCCAGUACUAUGCAUUUGUGCAGGAGCGACAGAAGGUGCACUGCUUGAAUACCCUAUUUUCCAAAUUGCAAAUCAAUCAAUCAAUCAUUUUUUGCAAUUCAACGCAACGUGUCGAGCUCUUGGCCAAAAAGAUCACUGAGCUCGGCUAUUGCUGUUAUUACAUUCAUGCCAAAAUGGCUCAGGCACACAGAAACCGAGUAUUUCAUGAUUUCCGACAGGGUCUAUGCAGAAAUUUGGUCUGCUCUGAUCUGUUUACCCGUGGUAUCGAUGUCCAGGCCGUUAAUGUCGUUAUCAACUUUGAUUUUCCACGAAUGGCUGAAACAUAUUUACAUCGAAUUGGACGAUCUGGUCGAUUUGGUCAUUUAGGUAUUGCUAUUAAUUUAAUAACCUACGAGGAUCGAUUUGACCUACAUCGCAUUGAAAAGGAGUUAGGAACGGAAAUUAAACCCAUACCGAAAGUAAUUGAUCCAGCACUUUAUGUGGCAAACGUGGGUGGUGUAUCAUCUGCAGAAACAUGCAACAAUAGUGAUCUGAAUAAUUCAACAAAUGAAGAAGGCAAUGUUAGUAAAUAGAAAAUUAAAAAAUUGGUUU